CAUAACUGAUAGUCAUUUGUUUAUGCUGUAGAACUAACGCAAGAUCGUAUAAAUUGGAUCCCUUUCUCAUUUCCCACCUUAACUUAAUCAAAACUUCCCUCAUCAUCAAUUCUCCCAAACAGAAAUGAAAAGUUCAUCAUUACACCAAAUUUCUCUAGCAGCCCUUUUCAGUCUCCUCCAUUUCACAACCACCAUGAACUCAUGCUUGGCCAACAACACAAACAACAAUACUGAGUACAUCACAAAGUCAUGUGCCACCACAUUGUACCCUCAAUUGUGCUACAAGUCCCUAUCAAAAUAUGCAAACAAAAUCCAAACAAGCCCCAAAAUCCUAGCCAUCACCGCCCUCUCCGUGUCUCUCUUGGCCGCACAAUCCACCUCAAAAUUGAUCUUGAACCUGUCAAAAACCCCCAAUUUGCGCUCCGGUGAGGCAGCUGCCCUGGCCGAUUGCGUUGAAGUGAUGGGUGACUCAGUGGACGAGCUAAAAAGAUCUGUGGACGAGUUGACUCGUAGUAGAGGCGGCUCUGAUUUUGAAUUUGAAAUGAGUAAUGCCCAGACUUGGGUGAGCGCGGCGUUGACUGAUGAUGACACGUGUAUGGAUGGGUUUGGUGGGGUGGCAAUGAAUGGGCAAGUGAAGAGUAUAGUGAGGAGGCUUGUCAAGAAAUUGGCACAUUUGACUAGCAAUGGUUUGGCUUUGGUUAACAAUUAUGCUAGCUCUCAAGACCACCUAACUUUGAAAGGUGAUGCCCAUCUCUGGGGCUGAAUUUUGAUUUGCUCUGCUGCUAUUAGAAAUGUUUUUUCUGUUUCUGUUUUUUAUUUUUAUUUUUAUGGUGUGAAAUUUGGGAGGUGGGAAAGAAUUGUCAUUUGUGAUCAGAUGUUCUAGAUGAAACAAUAAUCUACCAGUUUCAUCUCUCUUCAUAUAUCCUAAUAAAAUAAAUGUAUGAUAUAAAUUUAAGUUUAAUAUGAUGUGAAUUACAUUCAAAAUGAAUGUAAUCCAGACAUUUUAUUUUCUA